AUGAGCCAUAUGUUCCAUGGGGCCUAUUCCUUCAACAAGCCAAUUGGUUCGUGGAACACUUCUAGCGUGACGAGUAUGACGCACAUGUUUGCGAGUGCGACUUUCUUCAACCGUCCGAUUGGCGCUUGGAAGACGUCCGCCGUGAAUGACAUGAGCCACAUGUUCAGCUUUGCCAAAGACUUUAACCAGGCGAUUGGGACGUGGGAUACGUCCGCCGUUGUGGACAUGAGCUCAAUGUUUCUCAAUGCCAGCACAUUCAAUGCGAUGAUUGGUUCUUGGAACACGUCGGGGGUGAGGUUCAUGCAAAACUUGUUCAGGUCUGCAGCUUUGUUUGACAAGCCCCUUGUCUCCUGGGACAUUUCGUCGGCAGUGAAUUUGAGCUGCAUGUUUUGCUGGACGGCCUCUUACAAUCAAUGGGUUGGAACUUGGAACACCUCAGCCGUGCGCGACAUGAGCUACAUGUUCUACCAUGCUUCCUCUUUUAAUCAACAGGUGAGUCUCUGGGACACGUCACACGUCAGUGACAUGAGCCACAUGUUUGGGCAUGCUGCGGCCUUCAACAAGCCGCUUGACUCCUGGAACACGUCUGCUGUGAGGGACAUGGGCUGUAUGUUCUGUGGGGCUUAUGCAUUCAAUCAUCCCGUUGCUACGUGGAACACUUCCUCGGUGAGAGACAUGAGCUACAUGUUUUGGAAUGCCGUUGUAUUCAACAAGCCCUUGGGUGUCUGGGACACUUCAGCAGUCACCAACAUGAAGGGCAUGUUUGGAUUCAGAAUCCCCGGUUGCCCAUCCCGUCGCCGUCGUGACGCUGACUGUCCUUCACCGGUGUUUGACCAGCCGGUUGGUGACUGGAAUACUGCAGCCGUGACUGAUAUGAGCUCCAUGUUUCAAGGCGCAAAGGUCUUUAAUCAGCUGAUUGCUGGAUGGGACACAUCUGCGGUCUACAACAUGAGCCACAUGUUCGAUGGCGCUGGGAUGUUCGACCAGCCCAUUGGAACGUGGAACACCUCGGUUGUCCAGGACAUGAGCUACAUGUUUCAUCAGGCCGCUGCCUUUAACCGGCAGAUUGGUGCCUGGGACACUUCGGCAGUUACUACCAUGAAAUACAUGUUCGCCGGUGCCUUGCGUUUCAACCGACUGAUCAACACAUGGGUGACAGGAGCAGUUCGCGAUAUGAGCUACAUGUUUUUCGGCUGGCUUGAUGGUCAGGUAGCACUUAGCUUCUUCAACCAGCCGCUUGACGCUUGGGACACUUCGGCCGUGGAAGACAUGCGCGGAAUGUUUUCACACGCAGGGCGUUUUGACCAGCCAUUGGGAACCUGGAAGACAUCGAAGGUGCGAGACAUGAGUUCCAUGUUCUACUUCGCAGACUCUUUCAACCGGCCGAUAGGCUCCUGGAACACAUCAGCUGUGACUGCCAUGGGUAGCAUGUUUGCACUUGCACGUCGUUUCAACAAGCCCCUUGCUGCGUGGGACACUUCCUCAGUGAUUGAUAUGAGCAACAUGUUCUCUUCAUCUCCUUUCAAUCAACUGAUUGGUGCAUGGAAUACCUCCUCGGUGAGGGACAUGAGUGGCAUGUUUUCGCAAGCGUCCUUCAAUCAAGACAUUGGCAAUUGGAACACCUCUGCGGUGAGAACAAUGAGGCUCAUGUUUUCUCUAACUACCUCUUUCAACCAAAAGAUCGGCAAUUGGAACACCUCGGCGGUCCGAGACAUGAGCCUCAUGUUCGAUCGCGCGACAGCCUUCAAUCAAUCGAUAGGUGAUUGGGAUACCUCGGCAGUGACGAACAUGUUGGGGAUGUUCCAGCAGACUGUGGCUUUCAACCAGCCGAUCGGUGCUUGGAACACCUCGGCUGUGAACAGCAUGUCCAGAAUGUUCUCCAACGCGUGGGCUUUCAACCAGUCGAUUGGUGCCUGGGACACUUCAGCAGUGGAAGACAUGAGCCACAUGUUCGACGGAGCUUCAGAGUUCAAUCAGCCCAUCGGAAAUUGGAACACCUCGGCCGUUAAGGACAUAAGAGAUAUGUUCUCUGGUUCCCAUUUCAACCAGCUUAUUGGCUCUUGGGAUGUUCAGCAUGCUCGUGGAGCAGAUGAGGUUCAAUCUUUCUGGAGGCUCUCCAAAGCGGCGAAGUGUUCCAUAAGUCAGUCAUGGCUUCUCGCACGGCCGGUUGUUGGCAGCCUUGCCUGUCCCAGCUGUCAAGAGAUAAAGGUUGCCUGCCCCGCCGGCUCAGAGUUUGCCUGCGUGGCGGGGACGUGCAGACCCAUCAACGGCAACUUCAUCGAGCUUGGAAGGGCAGUCUGGGCUCCCAGCCCCAGCACAGCUGUCGGCUCCGGAUGUAGGGAGACAUGUGCAGCUUGGGAAAACUGCACUGGCUUCCUUCUGCUGAAAGACGGCGGCUGCAGCACGCUGCAUGGCGGGCUGCCGAUCAAGCGCGGAGAAGGACAUGCUCUGGCCGCCACUCUGGCCUUUGUCAAAAGAGAUUGCUCCUUGUUUUCCUGCCCAGUGGGGAGUGUGCCUGUGAAACAGUCCGGCAAAGACGAUUUCAAUGCUGCGACUUGCUGCACUUGCCUGCCACACCUGGUGGAAGAACGACGAGGAGCUGCUCUGCACUGCCGCUGCCCUCCGCACCAGUAUGGCCAUGCCCCCGAUUGUUACAGCUGUGGCCCUGGUUCAUAUCCGGACCGCUACGCCCAGUUGAACGCCCAGUUCGGCUAUCGGCAGCCUUGCUUGGAAUGUGAAUCUGGAAGAUUCUCUCCCGGCAACGUUAGUGAAUGCUCUACUUGCCCUUUCACAAUUCAUGAGGACCAGUGCAUCUGGUGGCCCACUUUGCUGUGGGCACUUGGGACUCUGGCCGGGAUUGGCACUAUCUUCCUAAUGAUCUCUCUGGUGGCCAGGAAACUGUCGCCGAUAGCCCUGAGGUGGCACGAGCACAAGCAGGAGGAAUUGCGCAAGCAGCGGUUGGAACAGGAGUUGCAGGCCUUGGCAGUUCUGCGCGCACAACAGAGCCGGGUUGCCGGAGUCAGCAUGCGCUACUUGCUCUCAGACGAUUUCGCAGCUUUGGCAAGGCAGCGGACGGGAAUCGUUGAUCCGACUUUCAACGACAUGAAAGAUGCUUUCUGGUUGUGUGUGAACCCGCUUGGAAAGGAGAUCCUGUGCCCACGUGAUGGUCGCCCGGGUUGUGCGCUGGUGGACUGGAUUCCGCGAGAUGAUGCCAAGGAGCAAACACAUUUUAUGUCAUGGACCUGGCGCUACAGCUUGUCUCAAGUGCAGAGCGCACUGGAGAUGUACCAGGCAAAUGCUCCUAUGGCAGUCGUGGCGAGGCAUGUGUCCUUUUUCAUGUGCUUCUUCGUCAAUAACCAAUUUCGCAUCGUGGUGGAGGGCAGUGGUACUGGCAGCGAAGAUUUGGAGCGCGUGUUCCGACAGAACUUGGUCCGAACUGGCCAGAUGAUUGCGAUCCUGGACACAUGGGUACAGCCGGUGUACCUCAACAGAGUGUGGACUAUCUAUGAGCAGUUCGUCGCUUCUUCGAUGGACAUCCCAGUAACCUUCCUCAUGCCGGAAGCUGCUUCCAAAUCACUGCAGGAACAGAUCGAACGUGGUGCUGAAGGCAUCAGCCACAUCAUUGAAUCCGUGAGCAUGGUGGAUGUAGCAACCGCGAAAGCUUGGAAGCCAGAAGACGAGACCAAAGUGAAGUCAGUAAUCCAGGGCAGUGUAGGCUUCGAGCAGGUGAAUCGACACGUCGUGGAAGUCAUGGUCCAGUGGAUAGGGAAUGCAGUGAAGGGUCAAUUUCAGCAGCGGGUGCACGAAGCUCGUCAAAGCCGGGCUCGAGGUCCAGGGAAGACCAUCACUUCGCUGUGA